AUGGCACGUAGCAUUGAUCUUAAGUUUAUAGCAGACCUCUCGGUACUUGUGGGAACAGGUAUCUCUGUGUACUAUUUAGUAUCGAAACUCCUGAAUGAAACGGAUGGAAACCCGUUGUUUGGGAGAUCGAAAGAGGCUCGCGAGAAACAAUCGCAUACGUGGGACAAUCUGGUGGCUGUGCGACCCCAGCUUCGCGAUGUUAAGUUGAGCUCGUACGAGCGGAAUGUGCUGUCAUCCGUGGUGCUACCACAGGACAUAGAAGUGACGUUUGCCGACGUUGGAGGCCUAGAGGAAAUCGUGGAAGAGCUCACAGAAUCGGUCAUUUGUCCGCUUACAAUGCCGGAGCUGUACUCUGUGUCAUCGUCGGUAAAGGGAGAGGGUCUUUUGUCGGCUCCUCGUGGCGUCCUGCUGUACGGACCGCCUGGUUGCGGUAAAACUAUGGUGGCCAAAGCGCUUGCCAAGGAAAGCGGGGCCACGUUCGUCUCGCUGCGUAUGUCAUCGAUCCUGGACAAGUGGUACGGUGAAUCCAAUAAGAUCGUCGACGCGGUGUUCUCGUUGGCCAACAAAAUCCAGCCCUGCAUCGUUUUCAUCGACGAGAUUGACUCGUUUCUGCGAGAACGGGCAUCAUCGGACCACGAAGUGACUGCGAUGCUGAAAGCAGAGUUUAUGACACUGUGGGACGGUCUCACGUCUAAUGGCCGUGUAAUGGUGCUCGGCGCCACCAACCGCAUGGGCGACAUCGACUCUGCGUUUUUAAGACGGCUUCCCAAGAGAUUUGCCAUACCCCUACCGGGUGCCCAGGAAAGACGUCAUAUUCUUACUAUUCUACUGCAAGGUUCUGAAUUAGACCCUGAAGAAUUCGAUAUGGAUCUUAUUGUGAGUGCCACCCGCAAUAUGUCGGGUUCGGAUUUGAAGGAAUUGUGUCGAGACGCGGCUUUGAAUGCUGCCCGAGAAUACAUCCGCCAAAAACGGCAGUUGGCCGUUGCUGAAAAGGCAUCAGAGGUGUCCAAGAUGCCCAAGGGUAUCAGACCACUGAGAACGUCUGAUUUCGCUAAGAAUUUAAACAUUGAAACCCGUAUACCUCUUGGUUCAGCAGGUCUGGAUUGA